UGCGCUGACGCAAUCGUGGGCAUGAGCAGCAAGAAAUGAAGCGUUUGUGCGUUGUCUCUAUUUUAGGGAAAGUUACACUAAUAUUUCACUUAAUGUCUUAAUUACUGGACAUGAAUAUAGUUUCAGACAGUACCAUUGAUAAAUUACAGAAUUGUGGGGAGAAUAACGUUAAAAUAAUUAUGUGGAUGUGUGUGAAUGGAGCUAACAGGCUCCUUGGGAAAAAGCUCGCAUUGAUUGACUGAAUGGCUUACUUUGGUGCUGCUCUUUAACAUUACAGAAUGCUUUAAUGUCAUGCCUCACCUUUUGAGUCAGAAAUCCUAGAGUCGAAUCACGUUCAAGAGACUUGAUGCUGACAUUGCCUGUGCAUUGUAGAAUGCUGCACUGUUGGAGGUAUCAUAUUUCAAGUAUCACAUCAAACUAGGAUAUGUCUGAGCAGGACAAGUUCCAACAAUGCAAUUCUGAUAACUGGAUCUCUCUGGUCAAAUAAAGCUAAACUAAAUGGAGAAUUUUGAACAAGAUCAAAUACUGUUUGAAAAACAGUACUAUGAAGACCUUUUGGCCUUAAAAAACUCAUGCAGGCAGAGGCUGCUGAUUGUGGGCGAGCACUAUGAGCUCCAGAAGAACAAAUGCAACACGGAACAUAAAAGUAAUAUGAAAAGUUUAGCAUCAACAGAAGAACUAGACAAGUUUUUCAUGAAUAAUGUACAACGAGUUCCUGUGAAGAAUAAUCACUGUAAACUGCAUUCAUCUGGAAAGACAGAGAGAAAUUCCUGCUCUGCAAUUGAACUCACAAGUUUAACUGAUUCAGAGCUGAAUGUUAAAAAGGAUCUGAAGAAAUCCAGCAGACCCAAAUCUGUUACUUCAGCUUGGACCUCACAGUUUACAGUUCCUCAGCCAUUUGACAUGACGAUGCGGGAAAGUCAAAAGAAAAUUCAGCUUCUCAGAUCCAGACUAUUGCUGGAAAUAGAGAAGGAGCAAUUGGAAACACAGGACUGGGAAGUGACAGAAUGCCAGAAGAAAUUCCGGGCUCUUCCUGUACCAGCUCAUGUUUAUCUUCAACUUUAUGAAGAAAUGAAUGAACAGAAUGAGGAAAGGAGAAGAAGAGGACGAGAGAAGCGGAAAGAAUUCCUGAUGUCCACACAGAAACCAUUCAGUUUUACUGAGAAGGAAGAGGAGGAGAAAAAAGAGAAUGAGAAGUUGAAACUACAGAUCAGUGAAGUCAUACCAGAAACGGUGAAGAAGGCAAAACCGAUAAAGAAAAUUCCACUGUCUGUUAAAGAUCCAACAGUAAGCGUGAAGCUAAAAGAAGAGGAGCUGUUCAGAAAGAUCCGCAUACAGAUGCGAGCUGCAGAUUUACUCAAAAGUGCUUCUUCACCUAUAAAUCUUCAUCCUUACAAAAAGGAGCUGGCUAGAUCAAGCUCUAUGAAAACCAGAGAGGAAAAGCUGGGAUUCCUGGAAGAUGAACCAAAGUUCAAGCCGAGGAUAAAUCCAGACGUUCCUGAUUAUGUAAAACUCUACAAAGCUUUUCAAAGAGAAGCGAGAAGAAAGGAGCAGGUGAAGGAGCCGACCAAAUGUGUGCCCUUUGAACUUCAUACAUCAAAACUAGCACCACGGCAAAGCAACACAAGUGAAGUUGUAUCAAAGGAUUCUCAUCAGAAAGUUAAGACUCAUUUGAAUGAAAACAAUUCUUUCAGUGGCAUUCAUUCACUAUCUUCUGAUACACUUCCUACCUACACAACAGAUGCUGCAAGGAAAAGGCACUCAGCUGUCAGAAAAUCUCUAGAAGAACGGGACAAACAAGCGCUCGAGAAAGCUCAAUGGAUGGAGAAGUACAAGAUGAAUACCAAAGGCAUGAGCAAAACUUUAUUGACACGGGCUAAAGCUAUGGACCCUCAUCAAAGCUUGGCAGAGACCUACAAAAAAACAUUGAAGCAGUAUAGACAGCGAGAUUUCAAGCGGAAGAAAGAAUACAUGAAGGAAAUGGAAGAGAUGAAGAGACGAGUCCGUAGCAGACCAUUCCUCUUUGAACAAGUCACUCAGAAAAAUGCUACAUCCGUAGCUGAGAGACGGUACCGUGAAACAUUGCGGCAAGCUGGCGUGGAUGAAGAAUUUGUGGAGGAUAAAGGAAGAAAUACAGCAUCUAUCCCUCUUACAAUAUCAGAUGAAGAAGACAACAGCUUUGACAGUGAAGACAGCAGAGAAAACCAGGAGAGUGACGAGACAAGUGAGCCUUCAGAAAGUAUCAAACCAGUGGGAGUAGAUGAGGAAAAAAUUAUUCCAAAGAAGGAUGGAGAACAAGAUGACGAUCCUUACUAAGAAAUUCAAACUGUAAAUAAUAGUAAUCGUUCUAGCCUUCAGUUAAAAGAAAGACAACAAUAAAUUAUUCACUCUUUCUACAUUAGGUUUGCAAUUACAAUUACUCCAGCCUGUGUUUUGAUGUAGAUAUGUUAGCAAGCAUAAUGUGAGCCAAUUACCAAUGUACACUAUACCUUGGAAACAUAUCAUUUCAGAAUCCAAGCACACACAGCUCUUAAAAUUACUGACGUAGCAUUGAUGAACUACCUGAAUUUUGCUUUGAUCAGUUUAAUAUAUUAUUUCACAAGUUACAUCCAUGUCUCUUUUGUACAUUUAAUGUAAAGUUUUGCAUUUGACAUGUUUGAAGGACAUAAUGUACUUGAGCGAAGGACGUUCCUGCUGGGUAUCGACGUGUUAAUAAACUAGAAAGUAAAGUAUACCUUCUCUUAAGAAGAGGCUAUUCAGUCUGUUAAGACCAUUGAUUGUAAGAACUAUCCAACUCUUUGGAACACCCCUACUUUUUACUCCUGCUCCCCCGACAGCCCUUCAAAUGUUUCCUGUCCUUAAAUCCAAUACUUUACAUAUUCUAACUGAAAACUAGGUAACCAAUGACUCUUUUUAGCACUACUAAAUAAUAGUAAAAAUAAAUCUGUUAAGCUUAGAGAAAGCACACUAAAAAUGAGCAAUUCCCUAUUCUAUUAUCCAAUAACUGAAGAAACUAAGGAAUUUCCUUUUACACGUUCAGCAGCCACAUCUGUAAAGAUUUUGGUUUGAUCAUCAGCAUCAAGGUAAUGCAUGUUAGUCUAGAAUGUUGUCAUUCUGUCAUUGAUCAGUAUUGACAAUCUGACAAUGCACAUAGGCUGGACAAACUAAUGCUUUCCCUGCUUAGAUUAAAUAGACUAUAAUCAGACAGGAAACCGUAAUGCAUGAUGGCAGUGGAGUAGGGUUCCUGAGCAGGAGUGCAUGUGCACUGCUUUUCUUUCUUUAUUUUAUUGUUUUUUUUUAUUCCUUUCUCACUUUUUUCUUCCCUUUUUUUAAGUUCUUUUUAGCCUUUUUUACCCCUCUGCUUCCUUCUGGAGGGAGCUGUCAUAGAGGCAGUGGUGGCGAUGGCAGCAGCUGGGGACCAGGAGCGGAGACGUUGUUAGUUGUCGAUGAGGUGGCUGGUGUGCCUGGGCACAACUCCGGCAGUCGGUGGCAUAGCGGCUGAGUCCAGAGUGGGGCUCUGCAACUCUGUGUGGAUAGGGCCCAAUGUGUGGACUGAAGACAAGGCCCCAGUGCUCCGACUGGAGGUGAGGUCCUGCGUGUACUGAGGUGGAAGGGCUGUAAAUUGUGUACUUUUUCUUUAUUUUUCUAUUUUAUUUGUCUGAACUUUUUUUAAAACUUAUUUUAAAAAAAAUUUAUACCAAAGACUCUGCACUUAUGGCAUCACCUUAGGUACAAAGAUACUUAAGUGGCGACUUGUAAUCUUUUCACUGUACUUAUGUAAUGUAGGACUGUGAGAUGAGCAAAAAUUUCUUCACUCAAAACCAGUAGUGAACAUGUGAAAAUAUCUACCACAGAAGGUUGUGGAGGCCAAGUAACCUGAAUAUAUUCAAUGAAGACAGACUUUCUUUGUGAUUUCAAAGGCAAUGGAUAUGGGGUGAAAGCUUGAAUAUAGCAAUAAGGUACAGGAUCAGCCAUGAUCACACUGAAUUUCAGAGCAGAUUUGAAGGGCUUAUUCUUGCUCUUAGUUGUGACCCUGUCACUAACAUCCAGCACAUAAAAACUAUCAACAAUCCAUUACUUCAAUCGAACUAACUCCAAGAUGAUAGUGGAGUAGAACUCCUGAGCCAGAGCCUGGUAGCCUACAAACCCAUCAAGCGCUCUAAAA